AUGACACAUGGAUUCCUGCCGAAGAAGACGUCGCCUACCCCGCCUAUCCCACUGAUCGCCGAGUCAAAGUGCACGUCACUCAAACUGUUUGCACAGAUUAUUGGUCGCCGAGCAUGGAUGAGCUCGUGGAGGUGUCUGAUCCUGCUGCCGAAGAAGCCCGCCGACGACGACGUAGGUUUUUGA